CCCCUGUGGAUAACGAUCAGUUUGUCGGGUGGUUCCGCGAGGCCUGGCCUUACAUCAGGGGGCACAGGGGAAGCACCUUCGUCGUUGUGAUUUCUGGGGAAAUCGUGGAUAGCCCGUAUUUGGAUAGCAUCCUCCAGAGUUUUCCAGUCACCGCCGCCGACCUUCCGCUCCGAUCUACAUGGCCGCUUCGUUCGUGAAUCCCCGGAUGUCUUCCCUCUUUUCCGGGGACCCCCCUUGCUCCAAGCCCUCCACGCGUCUGCUCCCGCUCAGCGUCCGGCCCGGGCGCCGCUACCAGGAUCGUCGCCGAGCCCUCUCUGUCUCCUGCGUCAGCUCCGAUCCGGAUUACGAAAACGGAUUCUGUGGAAUUCGAUCCCUUGUGGAUAACGAUCAGUUUGUCGGGUGGUUCCGCGAGGCCUGGCCUUACAUCAGGGGACACAGGGGAAGCACCUUCGUCGUCGUGAUUUCUGGGGAAAUCGUGGAUAGCCCGUAUUUGGAUAGCAUCCUCCAGGACAUAUCACUCCUUCAUGGUCUGGGCAUCAAAUUUGUUCUUGUUCCUGGAACCCAUGUUUUCAUUGAUAGGGCGUUGGAAGAAAAAGGAAGCAAGGGUAAGUACGUCGGGCCAUAUCGAAUAACUGAUUCUGAUUCAUUAGAAGCAGCUAUGCAAGCUGCUGGGAGGAUUCGUCUAGUGAUUGAAGCAAAGCUUUCUCCAGGACCCCCUAUACUUAAUCUUCGACGACAUGGCGAUCAUAGUCGUUUUCAUGAACUUGGCGUUGGGGUGUCUGGAGGAAACUUUCUUGCAGCUAAGCGUAGGGGAGUUGUUGGAGGUAUUGACUAUGGAUCAACUGGUGAAGUAAAAAGGAUAGAUGUUUCUAGUAUAAAAGAAAGAUUGAACAGUGAUAUAGUUAUCGUCAGCAAUAUGGGCUAUUCCAGUGCAGGCGAAGUCUUAAAUUGCAACACUUAUGAAGUUGCCACUGCUUGUGCUUUAGCUAUUGAAGCAGACAAAUUGAUAUGCAUUGUAGACGGUCAGAUACUUGAUAAGAAUGGGCGACAAAUACGUUUCAUGACCCUUCGAGAUGCUGACUUGUUAAUUAGAAAAAGAGCUAAGCAGAGUGAGACAGCUGCAAAUUAUGUCAAAUGUGUAGGUGAAGAUACCAACUCUUCUGGAAAUCUUCAUUCAAAGAUAAAUGACAUGAUUUCAUGGAAGGAUGAGAGCUUCCAUGCAAAGUUUCAGAAUGGUGUUGGGUUUGAUAAUGGAAAGGGACAAGGAUUUGCUAUCGGUGGUCAAGAACGUCUGAGCAGAUUAAAUGGCUAUCUCUCAGAAUUAGCUGCAGCAGCAUUUGUGUGCAAGGGUGGAGUUCAGAGAGUUCAUUUGAUUGAUGGCACUCUUGGAGGAGCCUUGCUUCUUGAAUUAUUCUCAAGAGAUGGAGUCGGAACUAUGGUGGCUAGUGAUGUCUAUGAGGGAACAAGGAUGGCUACAGAAGCAGAUCUUCCUGGUAUAAAACUGCUUCUCCAGCCCAUGGUUGAAUCAGGUUCCUUGAUUCAAAGGACUGACGAAGAGCUGCUUAGUUCCUUGGGAUCCUUCAUCGUCGUCGAAAGAGAUGGUUCAAUUAUUGCAUGUGCUGCUCUUUUUCCUUUCUUCGAGGAAAAGUGCGGCGAGGUAGCUGCUAUGGCAGUCUCUCCAGAAUGCCGUGGACAUGGACAAGGAGAUAAAUUGCUUGAUUACAUUGAGAAGAAAGCAUCGUCACUUGGAUUGGAGAGACUUUUCCUGCUCACAACUCGUGCAGCAGACUGGUUUGUUCGACGCGGCUUCUCUGAGUGUUCCAUCGAGUCUAUUCCAUCGGAACGAAGGAAAAGAAUCAAUCUUUCGCGCGGAUCAAAAUACUACAGUAAAGUUCUCCAUCCAGAGGUAGAUGAAAUGUCUGGUAACAAUACCAGUUACACAAGUAAAUAAGCUCCAGCUAUCUCACUUGAUCUUGCUUUCUUUACCGUUUUGUGGAUAUCUUUUUACUGGCUUCCAUAUUCAAUUCAUCCAAGGAUGAUCGUUUCUGGAAAAUCUUGCAUUUUGCAAUCAUUUUUGUGAAUUUAGUUUUGAAUGCUGUAAAUAUAUUUGAAACUUUCAUAUCGUAUUAUUUUUUUUUUCA